UUCCUUACAGGUGGCAUGCACUACAGUAGAAGCCCUUCAUGGAAGAACAAACAAAUACAACAGAAUUUUCUGUCGAAGUGAUGACGCAUCCUUUCUGGAGGGAAAAGGGCAAUCUGGACGGAAGAAAAGGCUCGAGAUAUAUAUAUAUAUGUAUACUAGUUGAGGGAUGAGACUAUCCAAUGAAACGUUGAACUUGGGCUUUGUGACGCAGUUAUGGUGGGUCGGAGUGGGUGGGCCCUAUGCCUUUUUAGAUCCCAUAGGUUGGUUGCUAUGAUGACAUUCCAGUGGAUUUCAUCAUAUUGAAUUGGAUCCUUUUUAAGACUGGCUGAACCUGAAAUCCAUAUAUUUCUGUUUAGCUGGUGAUUGUGCUGGUGGAAGUUGAUAUAUGAAAAAAAAAGUUUUUUCUUUAUAAAGGUGGGCUUGUCAAGGAGGAAGGAUAUGAUCCAAUUACUGUUUCUUGUGUUGCUUGGAGAGGCAGCAGUGGCAUUGCUGCUGAUGAUAAAAGUGGGGCCCUUGAGAAAGCUGAGCAUGAAUGCCCUAGAUCAGCUCAAGACAGGGAAGGGUCCUGCAAUGGUCAAAACACUCGCCUGUACUCUUUCUGUAAUUAUGCUGUCCAGCAUUACCAGCAUUCUCAAAAUUCAGAACAGAGCCACCAAGAUAGGCACCAUCACUCCCAUGGAUCAGAUUCUCUUGAAAACCCACCUGCUGGAGGCUUCACUCAUGGGUUUUACAUUGUUUCUUGCAUUAACCAUUGAUCGCCUGCAUCACCAUCUUCGGAAAUUAGGUGGGCUUAGGGCAAAUCUAGACUCAUUUAAAAAGCAAGCUAGAAGCUUCCAGGAAGAAUACACACGUCUUAAAGAACAGAAAGUGGACAAAAGUUCUGAGGAGGUGAAGCUGUUGAAGGAUGAGAUAUCUGAAUUGAGGCAGAAAAUGCAGAAGUUGGCACUGGAAUUAGAGUUGAAGGAAAAGGAAGUGCAUGAUGCUGAAGCCACUGCUAAAGCUCUCCAGAAACAAGCAGAGGACCUCCUCCUUGAAUAUGACCGCUUAUUGGAGGACAAUCAAAGACUUCAGACCCAAUUAGUAGCAUACGAUCAAAUGUUUUAAAUUAGAAAGAAUAAGAUGCAUCUAUUCCUUCAAAUUACAAAUAUAGGGAAAUUUGGUUCUUGAUUUGGAGCUGGAUGGCGUUUUGUUAAGCAUUCAGAGAAAGGGAAUGCAGUUCAGGCAGAAUAUUGUUGGGCUAUUGGUUUUUCAGUUUGUUGAGUUUCUCUUGAAGGAUUGGCUGCUUCCUUUGCCUGUGUACUUAAGAUCUCAACAACUGCCAAAGAACAAUUGUGUAAAAUUUAAAGGAAAUGUAUCAUUAAAUGUCUUUUUAGCUGAUGUGAGAGCAUCUUGUCAUUUUAAUAAGCCAUGUAUUUGGAAACAAAUGCGCGACUUGGAAGUACAUGUCUAGACACAAAUUAAAGUUGGCUGGCUUUGGCAUUUUCGUCAAAUGAUAAAAUGUUGUGUUUGUUCCAAUUUUAUUGGAUGUCUCCGAAGAGACAAAUGAUGUGUUUGUUAACUUUCCUAGGUAACUUAUACCAUUUCAAGGUCAUAUGGUACAAUUUAACAUGCGAGUAGUAUUUCAAUAAGGUCCUUUUAUCUGGUUUGUCGUUUGUAACUUUAUAUGAAUAUAAAUUCCCAUUUCUUGCA